GGGAGCUGGGUGAUCUCCCCGGGCAGCCGGCCAUGGCGGGGCUGUACUCGCUGGGAGUGAGCGUCUUCUCGGAUCAGGGCGGGAGGAAGUACAUGGAGGACGUGACUCAGAUCGUCGUGGAGCCCGAGCUGACUGCAGAAGAAAAGCCGUCGCCCAGGCGGCGGUCUCUCGUCCGGCCGUCGUCUCCUCUGCGUUCCUCGGCCGGCGGCGGAGCGGCGGCGGCUAAAGGCCCGCCGGCGGCGGCGGCGGCGACAGCGACAGCGGCGGUUACCCGAGACGCUCGCGACCCUCCGGCGGACGCCGGGGCCUCGCCGGGAGCCGGCCGCUGCUGUCGCCGCCGCUCGUCGGUGGCCUUCUUCGCCGUGUGUGACGGGCACGGCGGGCGGGAGGCGGCACAGUUCGCCCGCGAGCACUUGUGGGCUUUCAUCAAGAAGCAGAAGGGCUUCACAUCGUCCGAGCCCGCCAAGGUCUGCGCUGCCAUCCGCAAAGGCUUCCUCGCCUGUCACCUCGCCAUGUGGAAGAAACUGGCAGAGUGGCCAAAGACUAUGACAGGUCUUCCCAGUACAUCAGGGACGACGGCCAGUGUGGUCAUCAUACGAGGCAUGAAGAUGUAUGUAGCUCACGUAGGUGACUCAGGAGUAGUCCUUGGAAUUCAGGAUGACCCGAAGGACGACUUUGUCAGAGCUGUGGAGGUGACACAAGACCAUAAGCCAGAACUGCCCAAGGAAAGAGAGCGCAUCGAAGGACUUGGUGGGAGUGUGAUGAACAAGUCUGGGGUGAAUCGUGUGGUGUGGAAAAGACCUCGGCUCUCUCACAGUGGACCUGUUCGAAGGAGCACAGUUAUUGACCAGAUUCCUUUUCUGGCAGUGGCAAGAGCACUUGGUGACUUAUGGAGCUAUGAUUUCUUCAGUGGCAAGUUUGUGGUGUCACCUGAACCAGACACAAGUGUCCACACUCUUGACCCUCAGAAGCACAAGUAUAUUAUCCUGGGGAGUGAUGGACUGUGGAACAUGAUUCCACCUCAGGAUGCCGUCUCCAUGUGCCAAGACCAAGAGGAGAAAAAAUACAUGACGGGUGAACAUGGACAAUCAUGUGCCAAAAUGCUUGUGAACAGAGCACUAGGCCGCUGGAGGCAGCGAAUGCUCCGAGCAGACAACACCAGUGCAAUCGUCAUCUGCAUCUCUCCAGAAGUGGACAAUCAGGGAGACUUCAGUAAUGAAGAUGAGCUCUAUCUCAACCUGACUGACAGUCCUUCUUACAAUAGUCAGGAAUCCUGUGUGAUGAUUCCUUCUCCAUGUUCUACACCACCAGUCAAGUCACUGGAAGAGGACCCAUGGCCCAGACUGAACCCCAAGGACCAUAUACCUGCUCUUGUUCGUAGUAAUGCCUUCUCAGAAAAUUUUUUAGAGGUCCCAGCUGAGAUAGCACGAGGGAGUAUCCAGGCUGUGGUUGAAGAAAGCUGCCCUAAAGCUCUGACUUUAAGGAUACAUGAUUCUUUGAAUAAUACCCUGUCAGUUGGCCUUGUGCCAACCAAUUCUACAAAUACCAUCAUGGACCAAAAAAAUUUAAAGCUGUCCACUCCUGGCCAGAUGAAAGCUCAAGAAGUUGAAAGAACCCCUCCAGCCAACUUUAAAAGGACAUUGGAAGAAUCCAACUCCGGCCCCCUUAUGAAGAAGCAUCGACGCAGUGGCUUGAGUCGAAGUAGCGGUGCUCAGCCCGCAAGCCUCCCCACCGUCUCCGUCUCACAGAGGAAGAACUCUGUGAAACUCACCAUGCGGCGCAGACUGAGGGGCCAGAAGAAAAUCGGGAAUCCUUUACUGCAUCAGCACAGGAAAACUGUUUGUGUCUGCUGAAGUGUGUCUGGGAAGGGGUUUCCCUACUUAGGAGAUGAGGGCUUUAUGAAUUUGGUGCCGAAGUUCAACUUUUUUUAAGGAGACAAAAUAAAGAGUAUACAGUUUGACAUUUGGAAUUUAUCCUGGCCUUGUACUUGCCUGUAUUAUAAAUGUGAAUUUUGUAGAUGUAGAGAAUAAGUUGCUGUAAAAUGUGUGUAAAUUUGUAUCCUUCACACAAAUUCAGUCUCUUACUCUGAUACAUGGUAAUUAUGACUACAGGGCUAAUGUUUAAGAAAAAAAAACUCAAAAUAAGAUUUUAAAAAUACACUUAAACUUUUUAAAAAUACUUAAAAAUUUGUAUAUGCUACUUGUGAUGAAAGCAACACAACUUUUUAAAGUAAAUUAAUGAGCAAACUGGAAAAGUGAUGUAUUUUCAUAGUGAUUUGUGCUCCACUUAAUGUUUCCUAGGGACUAUUAGUGUCUUAAAAAUAUUUUUUCUCAUUUCAUAAUUCCGAAUUAACUCUUUCAUAGGAGAAGUAUUGAGCCAUGUUAAUGUAGCUGGAUAUUAGUCUCCAUUUCCCAGUUAUACUAUGCAGUGUCUGAUUUCAGUAGUGUCUUUCUAAAACAUUCAUCAUCAGGUAUACUCACCGAAUCUUUGGCCUAGAAAGAAUUGUGUUUGCCUAAAACAAUGCCCUUCCCAAUUGUCCCUGAGCAAUGGCAUUAUUGGGUGUUAAAGUAGUUACCCAAUUCUAGUGUUCGCUUGAAAUAUGUGAAGUUUCUCUUGCUUAUUUCAAUAACAGAUGGUGCUGCUAAUUCCCAACAGUUCUUAAAUUAUUUUUUAUCAUACAGUUUUAAUUGAUUAUGUGGGUACACUCAUCUAAUAAAUCAUGUUGCUGGAUUUUGCUGGUGACUUUCCAUGGUAUGUAUUAACAGUCUGUUGUAUGUGAUAAUCAUGCUUUAUUGACUUGAAAUACAUAUAUUCAUUUUUGCA